GCGAAGACCGCAGGCUAUGGUCUUUCGGAGAAUGUUCGAAUUCACGAUCUUAAAGUCAUAUGAUUCUCAGCAAAUAUAGCAACAAAUAUCUCAAUUUGUAUUUUCCAAAGCCACGAAACGUGCAUUGAGUUUGGAGCGAUAUCUGAAGUGAAGAUUGAAGACGUGAUAGAAGAUGGACGACUACUGCUAUGCUAAGAUGGCGACGUCCGCUAAAAGAGAACAUGAAAGAGAAUCAGCGCCACCAACGGAGAACAAUCUGCAAAGCGAAGAUGAAGACGUCCAGCAGCUGAUCGGUAAUACAGAAGAAGUUUCCCCUCAGUUAGGGGGGAGCUCUACUUUGAAGCAGGAGACUCCACAACCACCCUGCAUUAAAAAGGAAGAGGAGGAACUCUGCAUCACUCAGGAGGGAGAGUGUCUUCUAGGACGAGAGGAAGCUGAUUACACCAAGUUUCCACUGAGUAUUCUCUCUGUGAAGACUGAAGAUGAUGAAGAGAAACCACAAGUAGACAACCUCUUAGCUCCACUAUCAGAUAGUGAGGCUGAAGAUGAGGUUGAAGAAACUUUGAGCAGCGAUACAGACUGUGAAGGUGAUAUGAGGACUCACACUGACAACAAACACUCAGAACGCUCCACAAAGAAGAGAGGUAAAAAAUGUUUCAGCUGCUCAGUUUGUGCUAAAAGCUUUUCUGUAAAUGGCAUGUUGACUCGACACAUGAGAAUGCACACGGGUGAAAAACCAUUCAAGUGUUCAGUUUGUGGCAAAAGCUUUUCUCGAAAUUACCGUUUGACUCGACACAUGAGAACACAUACGGGUAAAAAAACAAUUCAUUGUUCAGUUUGUGGCAAAAUCUUUUCUCGAAAUAACCAUAUGACUCAGCACAUGAGAACACACACAGGUAAAAAAACAAUUAAUUGUUCAGUUUGUGGCAAAAUCUUUUCUCAAAAUUGCCGUUUGACUCAACACAUGAGAACACACACAGGUGAAAACCCAUUUAACUGUUCAAUUUGUGGUAACACAUUUUCUUUAAAGAGCCGUUUGACUCAACACAUGAGAACACAUACAGGUGAAAACCCAUUUAACUGUUCAAUUUGUGGUAAAACCUGUUCUUUAAAGAACCGUUUGAAUAAACACAUGAGAACACACACAGGUGAAAAACCAUUUAGUUGUUCAGUUUGUGGCAAAAGCUUUUCUGUUAACAGCCAAGUGACUAAACACAUGAAAACACACACUGGAGAAAAAACAUUUAGUUGUUCAGUUUGUGGUAAAAGGUUUGCAUAUAAUUCAGCCGCUGUAAAACACAUGAGAACACACAAGGGAAAAUAACCAAUUAGCUGUUUAGUUUGUGGUAUGUUGCUCAUAUGUGGCGACAUCCACCCUACCCAGGACCUCCUCACUGCUUUUUUCACAAAUAUCUGAGGUAUUCACACAAACUUGCAUUAUUUGGAGCAUAAUCUUAUCUAUGGAGUCUUAUCUACUCAUGACCCCAUGAAACCUUUCUGAACAGUAAGAUAGAUGAUGCUUCAAGUGCUUGGUUACUCCUUCUUCAGUCCAGGGACCUGGGGCCUCAUGUGUCAAGUUUGUGCACGUUCAAAAACCUGCACUACACCCUUUUUCACUGCAAAGUUGAGAUGUAUCAAAAGUGACGUUGACGCAUAAGUGAUGCUGGGUGACUGUUUGCAUAACAAACUGCCAACUUUUACUCCUCAGACUGAUUGAUGUGCAAAUCAGAGAUAUAUGAACAAUUAACCCCCAACACCCACAACCCAACCUCCAUCGACAUUCGGCCAUAACAGGUUCAAUCCGGCCCGCGAGAUGAGUUUGCGAAGUGUAAAAUUCAGCUGCAUUUUUUAAUGAAAGAAACCGCUGUUCUAAUUGGAUGUCGCAAUAGCAAUUCUGUUAGGCAAGCAAAUAGUUUAUACCGGGGCGAGCAAGUAUACCAAGCAAGAGGUACACGGUAAAGCGGGGCUGUGACUCCUCCCCCUCCACCCAACGUAAAACAGGAGUAAAAUAAGCAAUCAGUAACCCCACUUAAAAUGCAGCAUGAGACACUGCACACUGAUAUAGUUCUGUGAAAAUGAUUGUCUUCUGUGCAAAUGUAAAGAAAGUGAACAGUGUGUGAUUUACUGCAAUACUGUCAGUCUUUUAACUUUUUAUUUGUGCUUUGUUGAAAUUGUUCACACAUUGCACAGCUUUUAUUUUUCUAUCAAUACACAUUAUGUCUAGAAGACAGGAAGUAACUCAACACUCUUGAAUAGUUUCUACCUCAGUUUGUAUGGUUUGUUGAGUUAGCACAGGAUUAAUAUGUGGAAAUGACAAAUGAGGUAGUUGACACACAGAAUAGCUUUUAUUCAUGCUUUAUUUGAUUUUUUAUUCAUUCCUAGAUGGGCUGUGACGUAAAGGUUAAUCGCUUUGUAGAAACACUGAGAUUAAGUCUAAGUUCAUUGUGUUCUUCAAGGUGUUUUUGAAACCGCACCAUUUUUUUCCUCAGAAUU